GGGGCCAGGGGCGGCCAGCAGGUGGGGCCCCGGGCCGGACUCCGCCUCCCGCACCCUCCCCGUUGGUCCGCGACCGCCCAGCCCCGGCCCCUCUUCCGAGCCCGAGCGCGAUUGGUGGCGGCGCUUGUCGCUCGGAGGGGGCCGGGCCGCUGGGCCCCGCGGUUCUCCCUGCCGCCGCCGCCGCUGCCGCCGCCGCCGUCCUUCCAGCAGCGCGGGCGGGUCGGACCGCCAAGGCAAUCGGCGCCCGGCGAUGGGAAGCGGCGCGGCCGCGGAUCCAGGCUGUGGCAAAGUUUCCCAGACGCUCGUAUCAAGGCGCGCGGCUGCCGACCACCCGUGACUGCUCCGAGAAGGGCUCGGAGAUUUUUAAUUUGGAAAAAUAAUCCACCUCAUUUCCUUUGUCAAGCUCUCUCUCUCACGGCGGCCAGCGGCGGGAGCUCCAAACUUGGGCACGGCGGCUCCACUGCCAGCGGUCCGGGCUUUGGAGACCGUCGGGACUCAGGUGCUCCGGCGCCCGGCGGCCCCGGGCGUCCGAGGGGGUGUGAUCGCGGGGGAGUCCCGGGUGCGCAGAGAGAAGGGCCCCUGGGAGCUCUAUAUGGAGGAGGGAGCCCAGAAUGGUGUGCACCAGGAAGACCAAAACUUUGGUGUCCACUUGCGUGAUCCUGAGCGGCAUGACCAACAUCAUAUGUCUGCUCUACGUGGGCUGGGUCACCAACUACAUCGCCAGCGUGUAUGUGCGGGGGCAGGAGCCGGCGCCCGACAAGAAGCUGGAGGAAGACAAAGGGGACACCCUGAAGAUUAUUGAACGGCUGGAUCACCUGGAGAAUGUCAUAAAGCAGCAUAUUCAAGAAGCCCCCGCCAAACCUGAGGAAGCAGAGGCUGAGCCCUUCACAGACUCCUCUCUGUUUGCACACUGGGGCCAGGAGCUCAGCCCCGAAGGCCGGCGUGUGGCCCUGAAGCAGUUCCAGUACUACGGCUACAACGCCUACCUCAGUGACCGCCUACCCCUCGACCGGCCCCUGCCUGACCUCAGACCCAGUGGGUGCCGCAACCUCUCAUUCCCCGACAGCCUCCCAGAGGUGAGCAUCGUGUUCAUCUUUGUCAAUGAAGCGCUCUCCGUGCUGCUGCGUUCCAUCCACUCGGCCAUCGAGCGCACACCUCCGCACCUGCUCAAGGAGAUCAUCCUGGUGGAUGACUACAGCAGUAACGAGGAGCUGAAGGAGAAGCUGACAGAGUACGUGGACAAGGUGAACAGCCAGAAGCCAGGCUUCAUCAAGGUCGUGCGGCACAGCAAGCAGGAAGGCCUCAUCCGCUCCAGGGUCAGCGGCUGGAGGGCUGCCACUGCCCCUGUAGUGGCGCUCUUUGAUGCCCACGUCGAGUUCAAUGUGGGCUGGGCUGAACCCGUACUCACCCGCAUUAAGGAGAACCGGAAACGGAUCAUCUCCCCAUCCUUUGACAACAUCAAAUACGACAACUUCGAGAUAGAAGAGUACCCGCUGGCGGCCCAGGGCUUUGACUGGGAGCUGUGGUGCCGCUACCUCAACCCCCCCAAGGCCUGGUGGAAGCUGGAGAACUCCACAGCCCCGAUCAGGAGCCCUGCCCUCAUCGGUUGCUUCAUUGUGGACCGGCAGUACUUCCAGGAGAUCGGCCUGCUGGACGAAGGCAUGGAGGUCUAUGGAGGCGAAAAUGUCGAGCUUGGGAUCAGGGUAUGGCAGUGUGGUGGGAGCGUGGAGGUCCUGCCCUGCUCGCGGAUUGCCCACAUCGAGCGAGCCCACAAGCCCUACACCGAGGACCUCACCGCCCACGUCCGCAGGAACGCCCUCAGGGUGGCUGAAGUCUGGAUGGACGAAUUUAAAAGCCAUGUGUACAUGGCAUGGAACAUACCCCAAGAGGACUCAGGAAUUGAUAUCGGGGACAUCACUGCAAGGAAGGCUCUGAGGAAACAGCUGCAGUGCAAGACCUUCCGGUGGUACCUGGUCAGCGUGUACCCAGAAAUGAGGAUGUAUUCGGACAUCAUUGCCUACGGGGUGUUGCAGAACUCCCUGAAGACUGAUUUGUGUCUUGAUCAGGGCCCAGAGACAGAAAAUGUUCCUAUUGUGUACAUCUGCCACGGGAUGACACCCCAGAAUGUGUACUACACGAGCAGCCAGCAGAUCCACGUGGGCAUCCUGAGCCCCACGGUGGACGACGAUGACAACCGGUGCCUGGUGGACGUCAACAGCCGGCCGCGGCUCAUCGAGUGCAGCUAUGCCAAAGCCAAGAGGAUGAAGCUCCACUGGCAGUUCUCUCAGCUUGCACCUUCUCAGGAUCACCCCCAAGCAUCUCCUGCUGCUGCAGCCUGCCUCCUGCUCACGGCAGUUCCCGAAUCCGCCCAACCUGCUGGACUUGGUCUAUCUGGGCUGCUAGUAUAAAAAGAAGACCAGUGACUGGGAAUCUCGAACAACAAACAUUUAUUACUCACCAUUCUGGAGGCUGGAAAGUUCAGGAUCAAGGCGCCAGCAGAUUGGUGUCUGGUGAGAACCCUCUUCCUGGUUUUCACACGGCCACCUUUUCACUGUGUCCUCACGUGGCCCAGAGAAAGAGACCAUCUCUCCUGCGUCUCUUCUUACAAGGGCACUAAUUCCAUCAGGAGGGCUCUACCCCGGGACCUAAUUCCCUCCCAAAGGCCCUAUCUCCAUCACACUGGGGAUCAGGGCUUCAACACUUGAAUUUGUAGGGGACACAUUCAAUCCACAGCACUGUUCUCCAUUUUUGUGCAUAAUCUUAGCACCUUUAACACAGUAAAGAGUCUACUGUUCUCUCUUCCCCCUAGAACACAGUCUCCACAAAGAGAAAGUCCUCCUGUUUAGUCACUGGUACGUGUCAGUGGGGAGA